AGGAUUCGCUCGUGUGUAGCUCGUGUUUGUAAACAGCAACACGUUGGACUGUUUUGUGUGCGCUUUUACCUUGCUCGCGUUCGCGCUAACGAAGAACGCUAAUCGUAAUUUGCGUAAGACACCAUAACAACAGUGCUACGACAGUUGUCAUCGUUAUUAAUCGUUGUCGUGUGCCGAAAAACUUUAACAACUCGAGCGUGCGUCGAUUGUUUUGAGAAUCAACAAAGUCAACACGACUGCGAAAAUGGAGUUUCAGGAUAUGAUCGUGGUCGAAGAGAAUACCGCAACUGAAGGUGCUCAUCGCAAGGAAAGCGGCAAGCGUGGACGCAAACCGGGCCGCAAGAGUGCAGAGAAAGUGGACAUGAAAAUCAAACUUGAGCGCAGCAGGCAAAGUGCCCGUGAGUGCCGAGCACGCAAAAAGUUGCGUUAUCAAUACCUGGAGGACCUAGUCAGCGACAGAGAGAAAGCCGUGUUUGCUCUUCGCCGAGAACUCGAAAAAUAUUAUCAAUGCUCUAAAGAGCUGGAUGAAGGCGUGAUACCCGAAGGCAUCCACGAAUUGCUCGAGAGCGAUGUGGGCGCGCUUAAAAACAAAUGAUCCUGCUGCACAUCAACUUAAACUUAAAAAGCGACUACAUGUUUCAGUGCAUAUUAGGUUAAUCUAAUAUUUAAAACAAAAGAAGUAAAUAUAUUCUCUAUGUUAAUUGAA